AAAGGAACCGGAAAAGAAAGACAUCGGACCGCUCAGCUAACUUCCUUGGUCGACUCGUUUACGCCACCUUCCCUUCUCCCCAACCAACCCACCCAUUCAAACCCGUCCCAUCACCCAAAGGCUCCCUUUGCUUCCAAGAAAUUCGAAACAACUAGUCGGUCAAUUUCGUUCGGUCUUCUGAAUCCCUCAUUUGAAUUUGGGGGAAAAAAUUAAAACCCCUGAUCCCCUCUCUUGUAUUCCCAUUUGGAUCUAUCGGUUUGUUUGUAGAGCUCCUCUCGAUUUCAGUUCCAGAAUGUCCAGCUUAGAGGAGCCGAUAGGUCUCGACAACCUGCCAAACUUGACCUACGUUGGUAGGCUUCAAAGGUGCACUUCUAGUGGUUGCAGACCUAGACUUGAUGAAUCAGAAAUGGACAAUUGCUUGAACGAAGGCAGAGAAUGCAGCUCUUCUAACAGCUGCGAGGAAGAAUAUGCCUGGAGAAGGCAGCCAAAGAAUAAGUUUCGCAGAGAUCCCUUAAUUUUGAAGGCCUCACGUAGAAAUCGAAUGGUCUUUGACCGUGCUUGUGAUUUAUGGCAUAUGCAAGAUCAUUGCCAUAGUUCAUCUUGCAAUGACACAGAAAUAAGAGGCCUAGCAAACAAGUUUUUAAGAGGUCUGCCAAAAUUUGUAAAGAUAGUGGAAGUUGGUCCAAGAGAUGGUUUACAAAAUGAAAAGACCAUUGUACCCACGUCUGUCAAGGUUGAACUGAUACAGAAGUUGGUGUCCUCUGGAUUAUCUGUCAUAGAGGCUACAAGUUUUGUUUCUCCAAAAUGGGUACCACAGCUGGCAGAUGCAAAAGAUGUCAUGAAAGCAAUUCAAGAUGUAGAGGGUGCACAACUUCCUGUCUUAACUCCCAACCUUAAAGGAUUUGAGGCAGCUGUUGCAUCAGGUGCAAAGGAAGUAGCUAUUUUUGCAUCAGCUUCUGAGUCCUUCUCAUUGUCAAACAUCAAUUGUAGCAUAGAAGAGAGCCUUAACCGUUAUCGUGAUGUCACCCUCGCUGCAAGAAGACUUUCAAUUCCUGUUCGUGGGUAUGUGUCAUGUGUUAUUGGAUGUCCGGUAGAAGGAUCUGUGCCUCCAUCAAAGGUGGCAUAUGUGGCAAAAGAGCUUUAUGACAUGGGCUGCUAUGAGAUUUCACUUGGUGAUACAAUUGGAGUUGGUACUCCAGGCACCGUAAUUCCGAUGCUUGAAGCUGUCAUGUCUGUCAUUCCUGUAGAGAAGCUGGCUGUCCAUUUUCAUGAUACAUAUGGCCAGUCUCUCCCAAAUAUUAUGGUCUCACUCCAAAUGGGGAUCAGUACAGUGGAUUCGUCUGUUGCGGGGCUGGGAGGUUGCCCCUAUGCAAAGGGUGCUACAGGAAAUGUUGCUACUGAGGACGUUGUCUACAUGCUCCAUGGGCUGGGCAUAAAGACCAAUGUGGAUCUGAACAAACUAAUGGCUGCUGGUGACUUCAUCUGCAAGCAUUUGGAGCGUCAGUCUGGGUCGAAAACUGCCAUUGCUCUUAGCCGGAUUGCUGCAGAUGCAUCGAAGAUAUAAUGUAGAAUGGUACAGGAGGAUCCAUCAGUUAUCUAAUUUAACCUCGGGCAAGUAGAUUAUGAAUAUGGUCUCUAUGUUCUUCGUAAAAUAAAGUCAAGUCCUCUCAUGGGCAAGCAAUCUUUAUGUACCAUGUUAUGUAUACAAAUUAAAAUAAAUGCAACUCGAGAUUUGAAGGUUCCUGUUGUUGAUAGCAGGAUACAUCUACGCA